UUUGGACAAAAAUGAAUUUGACGGUAAACCGGUGCGCACGUGUGGCUUUUCACAAAGGUUAUGAGUACUUUAGUGUUCAGUUUUACGGAGAGUGCUUCGGUGGAAAGGAUGCUGGGAAAACUUACUCCAAAUAUGGAAAAAGUGGUUAUUGUUGGUUCUUCAAUAGCCAAAACGGACAUGCAGUUGGAAGAGAUUUGACCAAUUUUGUAUAUCACAUUCAACAGGAUGAUGAAAGUGCAGCGAAGGUGAAAUAACAUAGAAGGACAUUGUUGAACAAUAAGGACAAUAAAGAAAUACAGCCAAUCAAUAAAUAUGGUAUUGAAUGAUAAAAAAUCUUUGAAGAGUUCUUUUGUCA